CGCUCUCUUCUGGACCUGCUUUUAGAAAACCGCAGUGUUACUGACGACCCUCGCCCCACUUCGUCUCAUCAUCUUUGUCCCUGAGGUCUCUGGCAUCAGUGACAGUCAGGCAACAAACGCCUCAACCUUCUCUCUGCCAGCUGCCCCCUUUCUGGCACUAGACACACCUCAACCACCUCCUCUUUCGGGGACAGCAGUUCCGGUGAUGCUUCCGCCACACUUCCUCUGCACUUUCGCCUCACUUCCGCCUCAGCUCCGCCCAGGGUCUGGCGCGCCGUGAUGACGACAUCGGACGGCGGCGCCUGGGAACGUGAAGGCUUCCGGGCUGCGGACCUGUCGAGAGCUGCUGUCAUGGCGGUCGAGCUGUGGGGCGUCUUUCCAGUCCUACUGCUGCUGUUGCUUUCAGGGGAUGCCCGGAGCUCGGAAGUGCCCGGGGCUGCCGCUGAGAGCUCGGGAGGGAUGGGGGUGGGCAUAGGAGAUCGUUUCAAGAUUGAGGGGCGCGCAGUCGUCCCAGGGGUGAAGCCUCAGGACUGGAUCUCCGCGGCCCGAGUGCUGGUGGACGGAGAGGAACACGUCGGCUUCCUCAAGACAGAUGGGAGUUUUGUGGUUCAUGAUAUACCUUCUGGAUCUUAUGUAGUGGAAGUUAUUUCUCCAGCUUACAAGUUUGAUCCUGUCCGAGUAGAUAUCACUUCAAAAGGAAAAAUGAGAGCAAGAUAUGUGAAUUACAUCAAGACAUCAGAAGUGGUCAGACUGCCCUAUCCUCUCCAGAUGAAAUCUUCAGGCCCACCUUCGUAUUUUAUUAAAAGGGAGUCAUGGGGCUGGACAGACUUUCUGAUGAACCCAAUGGUUAUGAUGAUGGUUCUUCCGCUGUUGAUAUUCGUGCUUCUGCCUAAAGUGGUCAACACAAGUGACCCUGACAUGAGACGGGAAAUGGAGCAGUCGAUGAAUAUGCUGAAUUCUAACCAUGAGUUACCUGAUGUGUCUGAGUUCAUGACAAGACUCUUCUCGUCAAAGUCAUCUGGCAAAUCCAGCAGCGGCAGCAGCAAAACAGGCAAAAGUGGGGCUGGCAAGAGGAGGUAGUCAGGUGGUCAUGCUGUCAUUUGCACAUACAAGCACGGAACACUGGGUGACAUCUAAGUCUCAAUGGGAAACUGUGUGAUGCAGCCACUGUAAACUCACGUCAUCCUGGAAGUUGACCUCUUAGAACUGCUGUACAUGUUAACUUUUUAACACGCAUUUUGUACUUGGUGCACGAGAAGAUGCAGCUUUCAUCCUUUGUCUAUAUGAGGUCAGUCUUGAUGUCACUGAAUUAAUUACAGUGUCCUAUAGAAAAUGACAUUAAUAAAUUAUAUGAAAUACUAUACAUUAUGUAUAUUAAAAGAAGUCUUAAUCCAGAGAUCAAA